AUGACCCAAAACAUCCACAAUGCGGUUAUAUACCUUGGUCAUCAAAAUGGCACGGUAGCGUUACACACACCCUCUACUCCAACUCCCCGUUCGCCUACAGGCCCAUCUGGGCCCGAUAACAUCCCUCAGUGUGGACCCCAGCUCUGGGGGAAUUGGAAAGGGUGUGUUCGCGAAUGGACCGUUCGUGGCGGGGCCCCAAGCGAAGUAGAAUGGAGUAGAAAGGGUGGCUUGGUGUUAUUGGUGGAGGAUCUAUCAAUCAUAGUCGUACCUGGCUCUGGAGAGGCAAACAUCGACUCUUUCGAGGAUGGUGUCUUUGAGAACAAGAAGGCUCGCCAAGAGAGAGAGGUCAGGAGCUUAUUGGACAAGCUUCAGCCCGACAUGAUCACGCUUGACCCAGAGUUUAUGGGCCGGCUCGCCGAGCCGGGGCAUGUGCCCUUUGCUACUCCAGAGCUACCCUUCAGGCAAAAGCCAAGGUUAGAUCGACUCCGAGAUUUAGGAAAAGCGGACGAGUCUCCAGUAUCAGAAGAAGAGGGAGGUGAUGUCAAUGCGGAUGAAGGCGGCGAGCAAGCUAGUAGGCCAAAAGAGAAAGAUAAAUGA